CCUUUCAUGAAAAUCAUCUGUUAAACUGAACAACUCUCUUUGGCCACAUUAUAUUCAUUACGUUAUUUGUAUGUGAACAAUAUCUUUAUUUAUUUCUUUCGUAUAUCCUUGAGUUAAAGAAAACAUGUUCAGAAAUAUAAAUAAAACAUGCAUUAAUAUUUUGCGCCAAGUUGGUGCCGAACAAAAAUGUUGUUACUCAACCAAACCAAAAACUAGUCAAAUUGAUUCUAUGGGCCAAUCUAUAGCUGACAAAGGUUUUUUGAGACCACACAAGCCUUAUAACGCUCCAGCUGACGCUGCAGAUAAAGUUCGUGCUAUUUGUGGAUCACUGCAAAUAUCCAAUAAGCCGGACUACCAGCUAAAAUCAUUAGAAGAGAAAUUCAAGUUUUUAGAAGCUUGUUUUGCCGAUUUCAAGCACAGUGUUCCAAAUUCCCAGAUCUAUGAAAUUAAGACAGUUGGUGAUGUAAUUAAAUUCUACGAAACAUCUGUAAAUACUACAGUUCCUCUUGAUGCUCUGAAGACAAUGGAACUUCCCGAAAAUUUGCACAUACAAUAUGAUUACUUACGAUUCAAUUCCGAAACUGAUACCAAAUUCAACGGCCAAACUGCAUUCCCCAAGAGUUCGACUUUGGUAACGGGUCUGAAAUAUCGUGGCAAAUAUGUUGGCAAUGAAGCUAAGCAAUCAUGGCCUUAAAUUCGACUUCUUUUAGACCCCAAUAAAUACACAUACAUUGUUUGUUAUAUUAAUGUAAA